GCAUCCAUAAAUGCUGACGCCGCCUUCUUAAAAAGUGGCCGUCCGUCGGGGUGCUAUUGUUGUCUCUACGUCGGCAUCAUCACUGCUGGUUUUGGAGACUCUGUUCCGAAAACCUUCAACAGCAAAGAUAAUUUGGAUAAACUAAAAUGCGUGAGUGUAUCUCCAUCCACGUUGGUCAGGCUGGUGUCCAGAUUGGCAAUGCCUGCUGGGAGCUUUACUGCCUGGAACAUGGGAUCCAGCCUGAUGGGCAGAUGCCCAGUGACAAGACCAUUGGAGGAGGAGAUGAUUCUUUCAAUACCUUCUUCAGUGAGACAGGAGCUGGAAAACAUGUCCCCAGGGCUGUCUUUGUGGACCUGGAGCCCACUGUCAUUGAUGAGGUGCGUACUGGGACCUACCGCCAGCUCUUCCACCCAGAGCAGCUCAUCACUGGCAAGGAAGAUGCUGCCAACAACUAUGCCCGUGGGCACUACACAAUUGGCAAAGAGAUCAUUGACCUGGUGCUGGACAGGAUCCGCAAGCUGGCUGACCAGUGCACCGGUCUUCAGGGCUUCCUGGUUUUCCACAGCUUUGGUGGUGGCACAGGCUCUGGUUUCACCUCCUUGUUGAUGGAGCGUCUGUCUGUAGACUACGGCAAGAAAUCCAAGUUGGAGUUUUCAAUCUACCCAGCCCCUCAGGUUUCCACUGCUGUGGUGGAGCCCUACAACUCCAUCCUGACCACCCACACCACCUUAGAGCACUCAGACUGUGCCUUCAUGGUCGAUAAUGAGGCCAUCUAUGAUAUCUGCCGUAGGAACCUUGAUAUUGAGCGUCCUACGUACACCAACCUGAACAGGUUGAUCAGUCAAAUUGUUUCUUCCAUCACUGCCUCCCUUCGAUUCGAUGGUGCCCUCAAUGUUGAUCUGACGGAGUUCCAGACCAACUUGGUACCGUAUCCCCGUAUUCAUUUUCCUCUGGCCACCUAUGCCCCUGUCAUCUCUGCUGAGAAGGCUUACCAUGAGCAGCUCUCAGUGGCUGAAAUCACCAAUGCUUGCUUUGAACCAGCAAAUCAGAUGGUGAAAUGUGACCCUCGUCACGGCAAGUAUAUGGCCUGUUGCCUCUUGUACCGUGGCGAUGUGGUACCCAAAGAUGUAAAUGCUGCCAUUGCGGCCAUCAAGACCAAGCGCACCAUCCAGUUUGUGGACUGGUGCCCCACUGGUUUCAAAGUUGGCAUAAACUACCAGCCUCCCACCGUAGUUCCUGGUGGAGACCUGGCCAAGGUCCAGAGGGCCGUGUGCAUGCUGAGCAACACCACUGCUAUUGCAGAGGCCUGGGCCCGUCUGGACCACAAGUUUGACCUGAUGUAUGCAAAGCGUGCCUUUGUUCACUGGUAUGUUGGUGAAGGUAUGGAGGAGGGCGAGUUCUCUGAGGCCAGAGAGGACAUGGCUGCUCUGGAGAAGGAUUACGAAGAGGUUGGAGUUGACUCUCUUGAGGGUGAAGGAGAGGAGGAAGGGGAGGAGUAUUAGUGUGAAAAAAUUGUAGUUCAAUGUUCUGAUAAGAUGUUUAACUUUAAUCAUUUGCUCUUCUAAAUAACCUGAUGGAAGGA